AUGCUAAGGAACGCUAACAACAAGAACCCAGAUAGCAUUCAAAUAUCGGAGGAGAUAAACAGUCUUGAAGCACGUAAUAAAAGUCUGACAGUAGCUUGGAUAGCGGGGCAUUGUGUAGUUGAGGCAAACGAAGAAGUAGACAAGGCGGCAAAAGAGAGCUGUUUUCUCCGAAACUCCAACAGAUUAAAUACACAAGACGUGAUACUAAAACAUUCCAUAUCUCAUCGACAAUGUAAAAAGACCCACACAUUGCAUGUGCAAGGCAGGGCUUCCUAUGUAUUCAAACCCGGUUACCAGCAAACCAGCAGAACCAGACAAACAUUAUUGUUCAGGCAUCAGCAUUCAUUACCAUUAGCCGACCAACCUAUUGAAUUGUUUUUGGUUGAUGAAGAUAAGGAGGCUGAUAAUAUUUCUGUGACGUGGAGUAGCAGAAACCAAGCUAUACAACAUUCUGUCGAAGUUGGCAAGAUAGCUCAGACGGUAAAAGUGUCACUCCUAUCGAUGUUUUUAAAGUGUGAUGACCUGGUUCGAAUAUCGUCUGUCUGA